AUAAAUACACCCUUUUUAGACUCGGAUAUGAUGAUUCUUAUGGUGAAACAAAUAGCGGCCGAAGUGGUGAAGGUACUGAAGAUCUUACCGAUACGGACCCCUCACUUUUGGUACCACAAACAGUUAUGAUCAAGGAAGAAGUUGAUGAAGAGCAACAUGAACUACCACAAGCAGAUAAUUCAAUAACUCCUGGGUUUCCUAGUGAAAGAGGCAUAGCGGAUAAUUCCAUUUAUCCAGUAAAGCAAGAACGUACUGAGCCUGAGGUUGUAAUGGAAGGAGGCGGAGACAACUAUACCAAUGAUUACGGAAAUUAUGACGAUUAUACCAACAAUGAUGAUGAGGAAGAUCCUAUUUAUCCAAGAGAUGAGGAAGAUGAAAAUAAUUAUGAUGAUUUAGUUGAACAAUCUUUAUUGGGAGGAAAUAACGGAGCGGACUCUGGUCUAGCAAUGCAUAUAAAGGAUCGUAAAAUGAUACAAUUCCUUAUCGAUUCAUAUAGGCGCAAUACUUUCUUGUGGGACCACCGUCAUCCACAAUUUCGUGAUCGGGCCAAACGUCAGCACUUUCUUGAGUGGAUUGUAAUGGAAUUCAAACGACGUUUUAAUUUGUCAUUGGCUAAAGAUGCAGUUACUCGCAAGUGGGACAAUUUACGCACUGUAUAUAAAAGAGAGUGUAAUCGUAUGGCAUUGGAAAAUACUAAUAUCAGUACAUUGUGGUAUUUCAAGGACUUACAUUUCAUUAAUCGGUUAUAUGGUGGCAAUCAAAAGAUGACGGAGGCUAUUGUGAAG